AUGGUCUUGAGCGGCGCAGAGGUUGCUAAGCAUAGCACUGGGGAUGACUGCUGGGUCAUCGUUCACGGAAAAGCAUACGAUGUGACCGAGUUCCUGCCAGAACACCCUGGUGGUACGAAGAUCAUCCUCAAAUAUGCUGUAGGUCUUAUCUGUGGCAAAGAUGCUACCGAGGAGUUUGAACCGAUCCACCCUCCAGAUACCCUGGACAAGUAUCUGGACAAGUCAAAGCACCUCGGCGACGUGGACAUGAAGACGGUUGAGAAGGAGCAGAAGGAGGUGUCGCCCGACGAGGAGGAGCGUCAGAAGCGCAUCCAGGAGAUGCCGCUUCUGGACCAGUGCUAUAAUCUCAUGGACUUUGAGGCCGUGGCGAGGCGCAUCAUGAAGAAGACGGCGUGGGGUUACUACUCCAGCGCGGCAGAUGACGAGAUUACCCUGCGCGAGAAUCACAGCGCCUUCCACAGGAUAUGGUUCCGCCCCCAGAUACUCGUGGACGUGGAAAAGGUCGACUUCUCGACCACGAUGCUGGGCACCAAGGUCGACAUGCCCUUCUACGUGACGGCCACGGCGCUGGGCAAGCUGGGCCACCCAGAGGGCGAGGUGCUGCUGACGCGGGCGGCCAAGAAGCACAACGUGGUACAGAUGAUCCCAACGCUCGCGUCGUGCUCGUUCGACGAGAUCAUGGACGCCGCCGAGGGUGACCAGGUGCAGUGGAUGCAGCUGUACGUGAACAAGGACCGCGAGAUCACGCGCAAGAUCGUGCAGCACGCCGAGGGCCGCGGGUGCAAGGCGCUGUUCAUCACGGUGGACGCGCCGCAGCUGGGCCGGCGCGAGAAGGACAUGCGCAGCAAGUUCGAGGACCAGGGGACCAGCGUGCAGAGCGGGCAGCAGACGGACAACUCGCAGGGGGCGGCGCGGGCCAUCUCGAGCUUCAUCGACCCGUCGCUGAGCUGGAAGGACAUCCCGUGGUUCCAGAGCAUCACUAAGAUGCCCAUCAUCCUCAAGGGUGUGCAGCGCGUCGAGGACGUCAUCCGGGCGGUCGAGGCAGGCGUGCAGGGUGUGGUGCUGUCCAACCACGGCGGGCGGCAGCUGGACUUUGCGCGGUCCGGGGUCGAGGUGCUGGCCGAGACCAUGCCGCGGCUGCGCGAGCUGGGCAUGCAGGACAAGAUCGAGGUGUUUGUGGACGGCGGCGUGCGGCGCGCGACGGACAUCAUCAAGGCGCUGUGUCUCGGGGCCAAGGGUGUGGGCAUCGGCCGCCCGUUCCUGUACGCCAUGUCGGCCUAUGGGUUUGAUGGCGUCGACAAGGCCAUGCGCCUGCUCAGGGACGAGAUGGAGAUGAACAUGCGCCUGAUUGGGUGCACGCGCGUCGACCAGCUCAACCCGACCCUGCUCGACGUCCGCAGCCUUACGCAGCACAGCAACGGGACGCCGCCCGAUCACCUGUCGUGGUCGACCUAUGAUCCGCUGGUCAACCCGCCGCAAAGGUCGUCCAAGCUGUAGAAAUUGUGUGUAUGUAUGUAAAUAAUAUAUAUAUAUAUAUAUAUAUAUAUAUAUAUAUAUACACAUUGGCAUCUUUAGAGCAUAUUACUUUUUUAUAAAUAUGAUAGAUAUACAAGU